GUGACCAGGGCUGGUAGGCGGAGCUAGGUGGUUUCUGAUGCCUGGCCGGAGAGGUGGAAGCUCGAGGCGGUUGGAAUCUCUGUGAGGACCGUGUGGCUGAGAUCUGUGCUGGGGCUCAUGGUGGCAGGCUCUGGACGCGCGCUUUCUAUACCCUGCUGCGCUGCUUCUCUCAGAUGGAUUUCUUUCCCAUGAAGAAGUGAGUUGGAUAAGGAUCAACACUAUUAGAAGAUGACAACGGAAGAGGUGAUUGUAGUGGCCAAGUUUGAUUAUGUGGCUCAGCAGGAUCAAGAAUUGGACAUAAAGAAGAAUGAGCGUCUGUGGCUUCUGGAUGACUCAAAAUCCUGGUGGCGUGUCCGCAACUCUACAAACAAAACAGGAUUUGUGCCUUCAAAUUAUGUGGAAAGGAAGAACAGUGCACGGAAAGCAUCCAUUGUUAAAAAUCUGAAGGACACAUUAGGUAUUGGAAAAGUAAAGCGCAAACCAAGCAUGCCUGACUCUGCUUCUACAGCAGAUGAUGGUUUGCCAGAUGCUGAAAGGUUGUAUGACCUGAACAUGCCAGCUUAUGUUAAAUUUACAUACGCUGCAGAAAGGGAGGACGAGCUUUCCCUGGUGAAGGGCACCAAGGUCAUUGUUAUGGAAAAGUGCAGUGACGGCUGGUGGCGGGGGAGCUACAAUGGACGAGUAGGAUGGUUUCCUUCAAACUACGUUACAGAAGAGAACGACAGCCCUUCCGGAGACCAAGUUGGCUCAUUGACUGAGAAACUGGCUGCUGUAGUCAACAAUCUUAACAAUGGUCGAUCGCUUCAUGUAGUCCAGGCUUUAUACCCAUUUAGCUCCUCUAAUGAGGAAGAGCUCAACUUUGAGAAAGGAGAAGUCAUGGAUGUGAUCGAGAAGCCAGAAAAUGACCCAGAGUGGUGGAAAUGUCAGAAGAGUAAUGGUCUUGUGGGUUUGGUACCAAAGAACUAUGUUACUAUCAUGCAAAACAUACAGCCUACUCCAAGUUUUGAGCCUGUACCACCACGUUGUGACUACAUUGGACCGUCUGCAUCUGGGAGGUUUGCAGGGAAUCAAUGGUAUUAUGGAAAGGUGACGAGGCAUCAAGCAGAAAUGGCUCUCAACGAACGAGGAAAUGAAGGAGAUUUCCUUAUAAGGGACAGUGAAUCUUCACCAAAUGACUUUUCUGUUUCACUGAAAGCCCAAGGGAAAAACAAGCAUUUCAAGGUCUGCAUGAAAGACUGUAUGUACUGCAUUGGCCAGCGCAAGUUUUCCACCAUGGAAGAGUUGGUAGAACAUUACAAAAAGGCCCCAAUUUUUACCAGUGAGCAAGGGGAAAAACUCUAUCUAAUCAAGCCCCUGUCAUGAGGAUGCACCACGGAAACCGGACUUCCAAACAAACCAAUUUUGGUGUGUUCUCUGAAAAACCUAGAAAAUAUGAAAGGACCAAAGGCUUCACCGGGCCCGGCUGUUAAGAACACCUUCUAUAUUCUUAACUGCCAUGUGGUAGUUCACCAUUAUGAAUCGGAUUAUACGUUAUUACUGAUUGUUUUCUCACUCUUUUUACCCUUGUUACUGCAACAUUAUACAGACUGGUUGCCAAAUUGUAUAACUUUCUCUGCACUCGGAGAUAUGGCUGUAAUUUACUGAGACGGAGCCCUUCACCUUGAUACAUUUCUACAUAUCACUUAUCUACAAGCUGCUUUAUGUGUUUAUUUGUUGUUCUUUAUUCUCUCUUGAACUAUUCAUUUAAAAAGCAGUCGGCCUGGACAUUCCUCCACGAAAUUGGUUCCAAUGCUUCUUCGUGAUACUUCGUAUUUAUUUGUUUACAAACCGUGAUCAUCUUUUUAGGUAUAUUGCUGGUUGAGAUGGCUUUUUAAUGCGGCAAAGUCCAGAUUCUUGAUUAUUAUUAGUGUGCGUGCGCGAAAGUGUGAGUCUCAAGGCUAAGGAUGGUGAUUAUACGUGCGCAACAUGUUCUAUAAAACAAGAUCUUGAUGCAUUGGUUUCUCUGAUGUACAAUAUUCUCAGCCAAGGUUGUCCAUCUUGAGGGCCAUUAUCAAGGGCAAUGAACAAGGAAAUUCAGGAUGAUAUACGAAAUAACCCUUUAUCUGAUGUUAGCCGUAACCCCCUAGCACUGCAGUAUAGGCUGUAUUAGACCAGCGAGAGCUGCAGGAACACUGUCUGAACAUCCCUGACAAAAGUAACAACAAUAAUACAGUAUAACAAUCACCUGUACCUAUACAAGGGCAUUCUCUGGCCAAAAAUUUCUGAAGGCCGGGGCAAAUGCUCUCUUUAGCUGGAAGGCCUGGUUCUCAUCGUUUUAUAUAUUAUAGAACAUCUGCAUUUUAAUGAGCAUUCGGGAGUAAAAACAAGAAAGGGGAGGGGCCGUUUUCUACAUGAUUAACACUUAAAGUGAUUUGGACCCAAUCUGGGUUUCUUUAUAGUACAAUGUCUGCAUCAUUUUAAAAACA